CUUCCAGCCCUUACCCUGUGAUCGUAUGCUCUCAGGGUGCCUCCCCUUCCCAACUUGGUUCCCCAGGGUAUCCCCCAGCAUGGAGCUACCCCCAGACGACUCCCAGGGCUGGGAUGAGGACUCGGACCCUGAGACGGACCCGGAUGCCCAAGCCCAGGAGUACAUCGAACGGGUUCUGGGCUCGCCCGGCCCGGCCCUGGCCCGCACGGUCCUGGCUCCCCCGCCCACGGUCAGCCCUAGGCCAGCCCCCGCGGAGUUGUGGCGUGAGUCCAGGUGGUCCCCCGGGGCGGAGCCCGGCCCGGCCGCGUCCGGGCUGCUGGGUCUGCCGCUGGAGCUGAUCCUGGAGAUCUGCUCCUACCUGGAGGCGAGGCUGGUGCUGGGGGUCCUGCCCCUGGUGUGUCGGACCCUCAGAGACAUCGUCCAAGACCAGGUUAUGUGGAAGAUCCGCGUGCAGAAGCUCCUGGGGGGGGCCUACCCCGUGGUGGAAGAGGAGGACUUUGACUGGCCAGCUGCUUGCAUCGAAUUGGAGGAGCACUUGGGCCGCUGGGCAGACGAUGGGCGACGGGCCGAAUACUUCUGCUUGUCUGACGGCCACUUUGCGUCCAUCGACUCUGUGCUCCUGCUGCAGGGUGGGGCACUCUGUGUCUCUGGCUCUCGGGACCGAAAUGUCAACUUAUGGGACUUAAGACAGCUUGGAGUAGAUCCAGGCAAGGUUCUGGUCAAGGCCCUGGGUACCCAGCGGAGCGGGACCCACAAGGGCUGGGUCUGGUCCCUGGCUGCCCAGGAUAACCGCGUCUGCUCGGGCUCCUGGGAUAGCACUGUGAAACUCUGGGACAUGGAAGCUGAUGGGCAGCAGUUUGGGGAGAUCAGGGGCAAGGCUGCAGUGCUCUGUCUCUCCUACCGUCCUGACAUCCUGGUCACUGGCACCUAUGAUAAGAAAGUUACUGUUUACGACCCCCGAGCGGGCCAGGCCCUGGUGAAGAGCCGAAGGCUGCAUUCAAGCGCUGUGCUGGCCUUGUUGGCGGAUGACCAGUACAUCAUCUCGGGGAGUGAGGACCGAACCUUGGUGGUGUUUGAGCGGCGGACCAACAGCGUCCUCCAACGGCUGCAGCUGGAGUCAUACCUACUGUGCAUGUCUUACCGAGAGCCCCAGCUCUGGGCUGGGGACAACCAGGGCCUGCUCUAUGUGUUCGAGAACCACGGAGGCCAGUUCAAGCAUGUCAGGUCCUUCGAUGUGGGGCAUAGGUCACAAAUCACUGGCAUUGAACAUUCCUUGGGGUCACUUUAUACCACAUCCACGGACAAGACCAUUCGGGUACAUGUGCCCACUGACCCACCACGGACCAUCUGUACCCGAAGCCACCACAAUGUUCUUAAUGGGGUCUGUGCGGAUGGCAAUGUGGUGGUGGCUGCAUCCGGGGGCCUGUCCUUGGAGGUGUGGCGAUUGACGCCCUGAAGUAGGGGGGCCCAGAGGACUGGGUCUGGCUGAGGCAUCUUUGGACCUGUGCUGCUGCCCACACUUCCCCCGUCACGGCCCCAAGCCCUGUUAUUGGGGCCCGUCCCAACCUUCCAGGUCUGAGACCUGGUUCUGUGGUGCUAGCAGAGCCCCUGGCCAUUUUCUGUAGUGGCUGGGAUCAUAUUGCUGCCACCAUUCAAGCUCAUAGCUCCUGAUGGGGGAUAAACCCCAUCACCCAGGGCCAGAAGAGUGUUGAGGGUCCUUCCAGUGAAGGCUUGGCCUCAUUCCCUCCCUUCCCCCCCACUUCCCUGUUAUUUAUUAUUGGAAUACCCCUUUCUCCUGCUGUUGAGGCCAAAGCUCAGGAAUAAACCCAUUGGAUGAUUCCCC